UAAUUUUCUUCUGCUGAAGUUCUUACAAAACAUUUUUAAAUCAAUAUAAAAUAUCGGCAAUUACAAUACACGCAUAAAUUUGUUUAGUCCGGUUCUGUUCAAAAUAAAAUUUACUCCGAUACCGGAAUAACGAUUAGAACUACGUUCACAGAACACAGAAGGUCGAUUUAAUUUUUUCCGUCUCUCUCUUAUUCAAUACAGUGCUAACUAGUACCUGUUCUACCUGUUUCUUUUUGCACCUGCUAUGGAAAUAACGUUGGUCUAUUUACGUUUCAUUAUGUGUUAUUGUGCUGGUAUUUUAACAGGUGGACAGCUAAAUUUGAAUUCUUUAAUUUUUAAAUGAAAUUAAGAGGUGAAAAAAUUUGUUAUCUAAGUUAUUGAUAUAAAUAAAUUGAGUUAAUUAAGGUAAAUACAUUUUGGGAAGACAAAAAUAGUCGGAAGUCAGUGUCAAAAUUAUUAUGGUUGCCUGGCAACAGCUUGGCGUCGUCUCUUUAACAACAAUGAAAAUGAAUGUGUGAAAAUUUCGAAUAUUCCCAGUAUAAUGAACAAAAAUAGUGAAUUAAUUAGUGUAAGUUUAAGAGUAAAAGUUGCUUUUAGGUAUUAAAAAUGAGGUACAUACCAAAAUGGGUUGAUAAAAUCCAAGAUAGUGAUAAAUGCGGACAAAGUAUUUACGACCUAUGUUUCAACCCUGAUGGAACCCAGUUGAUAGUUGCAGGUGGUAACCAUGUUUUGGUAUACGAUACCAGUAAUGGUUCAUUAGUACAGCUUUUGAAAGGCCACAAGGACAAAGUCCACGCCGUCUGCUAUGCCCGAAACGGUGAAAAAUUUGCCAGCGGAAGUGCCGAUAAAUCUGUUAUUAUAUGGUCUAAUAAAUUAGAAGGGUUACUGAAAUAUAGUCAUAGCGAUUCUGUACAAUGCCUAGCAUUCAAUCCAUUAUCUCAUCAGCUGGCAUCAUGUGCUUUGACAGAUUUCGCGUUUUGGAGUACGGAACAAAAGGCUGUUCAAAAACAUAAGAUAAAUACAAGGAUAAAUUCCUGUUCUUGGACGAACGAUGGCCAAUAUUUGGCCUUAGGAUUAAGCAACGGUGUAAUAUCAAUACGCAAUAAGUUGGGAGAAGAAAAAAGUAAAAUUGAGCGCCCUAAUAAUUCGUCAAUAUGGGCAAUCAGCUGGUGUACCAAUAAGGAUGAUCAAACUGACAUUCUUUGCGUUACCGAUUGGAGUAAAAAUUUAUGUUUUUACACAUUAGGUGGAAAGUUAGUAGGAAAGGAGAGGAAUCUUGGUUAUGAAGCAUUAAGAGUGAGAUAUUUUCCACAGGGAGAUUUCAUUCUUAUUGGUGGAUUGAAUAUGGCUUGUACAAUGUAUACUAAGGAAGGAAUUAAAUUGGGGCUGAUUGGAGAUGUGCAGAACUCUUGGGUAUGGUGUUGCGAAGCUCAUCCUAAUGGAAACUUUGUGGCAGUAGGUUGCGAAGAUGGCACUGUAGCUUAUUAUCAAUUGGUGUUCAAUAUGGUGCAUGGACUUUAUAGAGAAAGAUAUGCAUUUAGAGAAAAUAUGACUGACAUUAUAAUUCAACAUUUAAUUACCGAACAGAAGGUUAGAAUUAAGUGUAGAGAUCUCAUAAAGAAGAUUGCUAUUUAUACUGAUCGUUUGGCUGUUCAGUUACCAGAAAGAGUUGUAAUCUACGAAUUGUACUCUAAAGACGCCAAUGACAUGCAUUACAGAGCUAAAGAAAAAAUAACACAAAGAUUAGAAUGUAGUUUACUUGUAGUCUGUUCGAAACAUCUAGUUAUAUGCCAAGAAAAGACGCUCCAGAGUAUGUUUUUUUCUGGAAAGAAAGAGCAAAUCUGGACGUUCGAUAGUCCCAUUAGGUAUAUCAAGAAUAUUGGUGGACCGACAGGAAAAGAAGGACUGUUAUUGGGAUUGAAAAAUGGUCAAGUGUGGGAAGUUCACUUAGAUAAUCUGCACCCACUCUUAAAGGUUACUGUUAAUGAAGGCAUUAGAUGUCUCGAUCUUAGUCAGCGAAAACAGAAACUUGCGGUCGUAGAUGAUUCUGGGAUGUGCCAAAUAUUUCAUUCUCGCACAGGAGAAUUGUUAUUCCAAGAAGCAAAUGCUAACAGUGUAGCUUUUAAUAAUCUGUAUGAAGAUAUGUUGGCAUUUAGUGGAGACAAUACGCUAUCAAUCAAGGUAAUGGAUUUUCCAGCCCAUACACAAACGAUGGGCGGUUUUGUAGUUGGUUUAACAGGUUCGAAAGUAUUUUGUCUAAACGGCUUCAGUAUGAAUACUCUAGAAUUACCGCUCAGUACUCCCAUGUACCAGUAUAUUGACAAAAAAAUGUACGACGAAGCAUACAGAGUAGCGUGCUUAGGUGUGACACAAGGCGAUUGGGAAGAACUGGCGCAUGCGGCUCUCGAACAUUUGGAAUUCAAAAAUGCCAGACUCGCUUUUGUCAAGUUACAGGACUUUACUCACUUGGAACUGAUAGAAGAUUUGCAAGAAUUACAGCAAAAAGGAAAUUAUCCAAAAGAAGUGAUGUUAGGCGACAUCCUCGCUCACAAAGGUAGACUUAAAGACGCUGCAAAAUUAUACCAAAGAGCCGGUCACGAAUUUAAAUCUCUAACAAUGUACACCGACUUAAGAAUGUUCGAUGAAGCUCAAGAGUACUUGGGAUCGAACGACAAUACAGACUUGAUUCGAAGGAAAGCCGAUUGGGCGAAAAAUAUAAACGAACACAAAGCAGCCGCCGAUAUGUAUCUGUCUGUGGGAGAUAAUAUGGCUGCGGUCGAAAUAUUCGCUGAAAAUGGAUGGGCCGAUCAAAUGGUAGAUCUCUCGAGAAAAUUGGAAAAAUCGGAUAGAAGCACUCUAUUAACCAUAGCCAAACACUUAAAACGCCUCAACAAUUCCUCGGCAGCUGCCGAAAUAUACCGGAGACUCGGUGAUUCCGAAGCAGUUUUACGUUUACACGUCGAAGCCAAAGAAUGGAAACAAGCAUUCGCUCUAGUGAGAGAUCAACCGCAAUACAACGCUUUGGUAUAUGUGCCUUAUGCUCAUUGGUUGGCCGAAAGCGAUAAGUUUGUCGAAGCUCAAAGGGCUUUCCAUAAGGCAGGAAAAUCUCAGGAAGCUUUUAAAGUGUUUAUUCAGUUGACGGAUAAUGCAGUCAGCGAAUGCAGGUAUCAAGAUGCAAGUUAUUACUAUUGGAUCAUUUCUAGACAAUAUCUGGAUAUGUCGAAAGAGCACGAACAUAAACGAGAUCAGUAUUUGAAAUAUUUUACAAGCAAUGAAAAACUUGCUGAAAUUUAUUACGCUUAUAAUACGAUUCAUAAAUACUUAGAAGAACCGUUUACUUCUUAUAUGCCGGAAGCUCUAUUUAAUAUCGCACGGUUUUUAAUGACUGAAGUGACCGGUCAAAGGCAGAGGAUUAAGGGGAUUUCUACGUUUGCUACUCUCUAUACGUUGUCAAAACAGGCUAAGAAACUCGGUGCUAAUAAACUAGCCAAACAGCUAUUGGAUAAAAUCCAAAAUUUGCGUAUACCGCAAAAGUUCCAAGAACAAGUAGAAAUUGCAACCAUAGCAUCUAGAGCUAAACCGUACAGCGAUCCCGAAGAAUUAUUACCAAUGUGUUACCGUUGCUCGACGUACAAUCCAUUAUCUGCUACUACCAAUAAUUGUGUGAAUUGCGGAGAAAGAUUUGUGUAUUCUUUCGUAAGUUUUGAAUUGCUACCAUUGGUGGAAUUCCGAUUGGAAGAAGGUAUCGGCGAUGAAGAAGCUGUACGGUUGAUAGAAACGCCUAUGGUGGAGAAAAAGGAAGAAAAUUGGAAGGAAAACAUAUCGGAAAACCAUCAAACUUUACAACUAGAAACCCCACACGAAGAAGAGCCGGAUCCGUUUACUUCUAAAGUCAACAAAGAAGCUCCUUUUCAACCUGUCAUCGUUGGAAGAAAAAUAUUGUUAUCCUUUGAUAGUUCGAGUAUUUUAGUAUGCAAGUGGCCGCCUCCGCUACGUCAUCAAUAUUUUAGAAAUUUAUUACCGGAAAUGCUGAUAAGUAUGUGCGAUUUUUGUUUCAAGUGUUUCCAUGUUGACGACUUUGAGUUGCAGAUGCUUCAGAACGGACACUGUCCUUUCUGUCGAAAUUCGCAUUCCAAAACGGCAGCAGCUUUAGAUACCAGUGAUGAUGUUUAAAUUUUUUCACCGUAUUGUUAUUAAGCUUUAAUAAAUGUUAAUUUAUA